UCAAAGGCGAAAUAAUCCAGCACGAAGUGGCGUUCAGUUAGUAAACUAUCCUGCUUGUGCAAACUCUGAGUGAUGGUGUUCUGUCCACUGGAAUAAGGGAAAACAUGGAGGAAAAAUAUGAAGAAGAGAUACAACGACUCCAGCAGGAGAUUGAGACGUGUGAAGCCGAGAGGGAAGAGUGUUUACGAGCUAUUUCCAGCCAACAUGGAGAAACCCUGCAACGUAUCCUAAAGACCAUCUCCGUCCAAAAGGACAGAGAAGACGGAGUGAUAAAUCAAGCUGUUUCAAAGCUCAUGACUGAAAUCAGUGAUCUGGAGAAGGACCACAGAAGACAGACCGACAUCAGUGGGAUAUCUCUCUCAGAGUGCUGCCUGAAGACACUGGAGAAAAGCAAUACAAAAACCAUACAGCAGUACAGACUUACCGGUCGCUGUUGGCUUCUUUCAUUCCAAGUUGAGUUUGCACUGACUGAGAUUCAGGACGGUGAAACUAUCCUGAAAAAAGUGACUGACUUCAACAUUAUAUCGGAUGGAGCCGAGUUUAAAGACUUGUGUGGAUUUCUGUCAAGUGCAGAAGAGUCAAAGAGCGUUUUCCUGUUCUUCAGAACCCUGAGGUCAUUUUCAGAGAGGUGUAAGCAAAGAACUUGCACAUACCAACACUUUAAGGAGAAAUACCCAGAUGUGGUUCAACUUCCUGAGGGCUGCAGAUCUGAGAUCAUGGUGAUCCAGAGUCCACAACUUCCUGGGUGUACGAUGAGCAUUUUCUGGAACAUCACCGUCAGUAAAGAAGGAACGGUCAAGCCGAAGAUUGACCUACUGAUGAAAAUGCCUGAGCAAGCUCAAAAACUGGAUACGGAAAGCGUGGUGGAGUCGGCGCCGGGCUGCUUUCAGAGUCUUCUGACGGCGUUUGGAGUGGAAGCUACGAUCGAAAGUUUAAUACAGUCUGUAUGCUUUUGAACAAAUCAGGCAACACAAUUCUCCAGGCACACGUAUACUUUCUUUAUAAUUUUAUUAAGUAUAAACACCACUGUAUCACCCAUUAAGAAAUCUAUUAAUGCCAUCUGUACACAUUCUGUCACCACAUGUACACGAGUGCACACAGCAUAUGUAAAUAUACAUCAUUAGACAAGAGCUAGAAAAAUAAAUAAUUUAAAUAGAAAAAAUGUGACCGCAAAAUCCACUUUUGUCUUUUGUAAUAGCGAAUAGUUUAGUCCUUACUUUAUCUGCAUCACAGUGAUCGUGAUUUUCUUGAGGAUUAAGAACAACCUGGGUUUCAGUUUAGCAAAGUACACAGCCUUUAGUUUGUUGUAGUGAGUCAGUCAACGUUUUGCUCCCUGCAAGUUAACCAUGUCACAGACGUCAGAUUCAGCCUUAGCCACACACACAGACACAUUGCCAAUCAAAAGUUUUCACCCCCUAAUUAAAUCAAUGCUUUGGUAGAUUUCAGUUACUGUAAAAAUGAACUUGGAUUGAGAGAAUUAACAGUUAACUUGGGAAAAAUUAACAGGCCAAGAUCUUGCUCACUCUACUUACGCUGUAGCAGAAUGACAUUUGUCUUCUUAAUUUAUUUAUUUAUUUAUUUUCCUUUAUUAAAAUACUAGCACACUCGCGAUAGAGCGUUUUCUACAUCUAGAUACACUUUGCUAAUUAACCUUACAGACGCUCCUCUAUUUAUUAGACACACUGAAGAUUUAGGUCUUUAGUGGAACAUUGGUUUCAUAUUUUUCCUUAACUUACCUUUUUUCCUGUGUUCGUGAUUAAACUGUAAUAAAGACAAACUCCACGUGUCCAAACUUUUGACUGGCAACGUACAUCAAAUUGUUUUUAUAAAAAAAAUAAUUUUUUUUUUUU